AGGAAAUGCAUCGUUUACAACGCGACUGUAAAUCAUUCAGUUGGACACAUAUCUCUUUUGAAAUGAUCUAAUAGUAGCAAUCUGGAUUCCGUUAGAGGACUUGAGAAAAUCAGGAGAAUAUAAUUGGCAAUAUAAUCAGUUAUAUUAUCUACUCGUACGUACAUGAUGCAGACAAACACAGUACUAUACAUAGAAACAGACGUAAACAUGCACAGAAUUUGGGGCCCUUGUCCUGUCAUGACGCAAGAUAUGAUUUAAAAAGAGUUUAUUGUCCCAAAGAGUGAAGUUUCCACAGAGGUUCUUUUAUUUUGUCGCGUAAUUCGACAAACGCAGGGAAACGGUUCAGUUGUCCGUUUCUGUGGUUCCAGUCAAAUAACUCAGAGUUAGCGCACAGUCGUCCAUCUUAACUUAAGCCCACGUGUGUCUAGAGACCGUGUGCAAAAGAAAAUUUGAAUGUCUUUUUAAAUUUCACGUAUACUAGCGUCUGACAAACAGGACGGGAUAACCUUUUUUUUUUGGGGAAUAUUUACGAACUGAUAGUGAGUGCUUCCAGUCUCCACGCGAGCGAGCGUUUCACAUUUUUUGUUGCAUGUAAAAACACACAGCCUGUGUGUGUCACACUCAGGACAGACAGAAGGCAGCCGUUGAGCAGAGGAUGGAGAAACCAGACCUGAACAUUGGAUUCAUCGGUGCAGGAAACAUGGCCUUUGGGAUCACCAAGGGGAUCCUGUGCUCAGGUGAAGUCCAGCCCAGGAAGGUGAUGGUGAGCGCGCCGUCCUCCAACAAUCUGGGACGAUUCCAGGAGCUGGGUGUGGCCGUCACUCACUCCAACACAGAGGUGGUCACCGCAUCCCGUCUGGUCUUUCUGGCAGUAAAGCCACACCUCAUCCCUCGGGUCCUUGCCGAGAUCGCUCCCAGUGUUACCCGAGAGCACGUCAUCAUUUCUGUGGCAGCAGGUGUCACCAUAGCAACCUUAGAAGAGCUUCUUCCCCCUGAGUCUGUAGUUCUGCGUCUCAUGCCCAACCUGCCCUGUAUGGUCCAAGAGGGGGCGCUGCUGUUCUCUCUGGGCUCGAGGGCAGGACCACAGGAGGGGGCUGUUUUGAAGGCCCUGCUGGCACCCUGUGGCCUCGUGGAGGAGGGACCAGAGGUCUGGAUCGACACCCACACCGGACUGAGUGGCAGCGGUGUGGCUUUUGUUUACCUGUUUGCAGAGGCACUUGCAGAGGGUGCAGUGAAGAUGGGUAUGCCUACAGCUGUGGCACAGCGCAUCGCAGCCCAGACAAUCCUGGGUGCCGGCCGGUUGCUGCGGGACUCAGGAAGACACCCAGCUCAGCUGCGCUCUGAUGUCUGCACCCCGGGGGGCACCACCAUCUACGGGCUACAUGCCUUGGAGCUGGGGGGCCUGCGGGCUGCCGCCAUGGGUGCUGUAGAGGCCGCCACGGAGAGAGCCAGGGAAAUGGGGAGGAAGUGAGACUCGAACUCACGGGACAGUGCUGGGAUGGUGAAGGUUGCUGGAAUCAAAUCAUCAAACUGUUUAUUCAGGCUGAAAUAAUGCAGGUUUGUGGUGAUGUCAUUUCAACAUAGGUUUACUUGAUUGUAGGUAUACAUUGUGAAGGUUGGAAAAUUCCAGGGACUUAGUGUUUUGGGAAACUUGGAAAAUUUGUAUUUGGAGUAGCAGAGGAGAAAUUGUGCAUCUUAGUGCAGAAUUUUUCAGGCAUCUCCAUAAGUCGGAUACACCAAAGAAUUUUGUGUUGGACCAGUUUUUUGGCCAGUGGGUUCAUGAAGCCCUUUUCCCAUUAGAAUGUAAAUGUGUACCGAUUGUGGUACUGAAUUUUGUGUUCAUUAGCAGAGACGCUGAAGGAAUGUUUUCUUUAACCUUCAGUAACAGGUUCGUGAUGUAUUACUAUUCCAUUCUCAUUUUUGUGGGGCUGAAAGGUUUUUGAUGUUCUUUAAAUUUGAUUUUGAUAACGGUUUGUCCUUUCAUUGACUACAUUUGUGUAUUCUUCACUUUGAAAUACAGCAUCUGAAAUCUGUCAUGGAGAGCAGAAUGAAAUGUACCAAGCUGCUGUAUGUUUCAUUGAAAUUGUAAUUAUUUAUCACCAGUGGCCAUCCAUGUCCUUACUCAUACAGAAAGCUGUCAGUGUAAUAUAUAUGUGUAUGUACUGAUUAUGCAAAGUGCUGAAAAGCUGUUUUACUGCAUGUUUGCACUGGUUUACUUUUACAGUUGUCUUGUGUCAGUAAUUGCAGUGGUUCAUGGAAGUUCAGCCUCAAA